AAGCAGCCAGGCGCAAGACUCUGGGAGCUGAAUCAUAGCUCCGUCGAGACAAAAACGAGGCUGACGUGAGUAUUUGUGCAGAAUGACUGGCUCCUUUCGGACCUCCUGGGUGGGCGGCUCCGAGGACUAAAACCCUAUUGCAUCUUGGGAGUUGGCGGCAGCCCCAGUGCAUGGAGGGAAGCGUAGUCCUUUCCCUCCCCUGCCUUCCCAACUCACCCGCCUCGCAGGCCGCCUUCGCUUCAUCGUUCCCAGCAAGCCCCGCGCGAGCGCCGGCUAUUGAUUGGCUGCAGCGCUAGCAGGAGGCUCUGCCGGCAGCAGUUAUCCAGGGUUUCCGGUACGAGGGCAGAGCGGGCGAAGCCGUCGGGGCGUCGGCAGUGAGGAUCUGCUCCUAACCUAACAUUGCAAACCACAAUGAAGAACCAAGACAAAAAGAAUGGGGCUGCCAAGCAAUCAGGCAACACUUCCAACCCAAAAAACACCCCGGGUCAACCGGAAGCUGGACCCGAGGGAGCCCAGGGGCGGCCCAGCCAGUCGGCUCCUGCGACAGAAGCUGAAGGUUCCACCAUCCAGGCUUCAGGGAAGGCUGAGGGAGCACAAGCCAAAACUGUUCAGUCUGGGGCCCUCCAGGAUGUCUCUGAGGAGCUGAGCCGCCAGUUGGAAGACAUCCUCAGUACAUACUGUAUUGACAACAAUCAGGGGGGCCCAGGCGAGGAUGGGGCACAGGGUGAGCCUGCUGAACCCGAGGAUGCAGAGAAGUCCCGGACCUACGCCUCGAGGAAUGGGGAGCCCGAGCCAGAGACCCCAGUAGUCAAUGGUGAGAAAGAGACUUCCAAGGGGGAGCCGGGCACAGACGAGAGCCGGGCAAGUGACGAGGUCGUAGACCGAGACCACCGAAGGCCGCAGGAGAAGAAGAAAGCCAAGGGUCUGGGAAAGGAGAUCACGUUACUGAUGCAGACGUUGAACACGCUGAGUACCCCAGAGGAGAAGCUCGCGGCUCUGUGCAAGAAGUAUGCUGAGCUGCUGGAGGAGCACCGGAACUCCCAGAAGCAGAUGAAGCUCCUGCAGAAGAAGCAGAGCCAGCUGGUACAGGAGAAGGACCACCUGCGUGGCGAGCAUAGCAAGGCUGUCCUGGCCCGCAGCAAGCUCGAGAGCCUGUGCCGAGAGCUGCAGCGCCACAACCGCUCCCUCAAGGAAGAAGGCGUGCAGCGGGCCCGAGAGGAGGAGGAGAAACGCAAGGAGGUGACCUCGCACUUCCAGGUGACACUGAAUGACAUCCAGCUGCAGAUGGAACAGCACAAUGAGCGCAAUUCCAAGCUGCGCCAGGAGAAUGUGGAGCUGGCGGAGAGGCUCAAGAAGCUGAUUGAGCAGUACGAGCUACGGGAGGAGCACAUUGACAAAGUCUUCAAACACAAGGACCUACAGCAGCAGCUGGUGGACGCCAAGCUCCAGCAGGCCCAGGAGAUGCUGAAGGAGGCAGAGGAGAGGCACCAGCGGGAGAAGGAUUUUCUCCUCAAAGAGGCUGUGGAGUCCCAGAGGAUGUGCGAGCUGAUGAAGCAGCAGGAGACCCACCUGAAACAGCAGCUUGCCCUAUACACGGAGAAGUUUGAAGAGUUCCAGAACACUCUUUCCAAAAGCAGUGAGGUGUUCACCACAUUCAAACAGGAGAUGGAAAAGAUGACUAAGAAGAUAAAGAAGCUGGAAAAAGAAACCACCAUGUACCGGUCCCGGUGGGAGAGCAGCAACAAGGCCUUGCUUGAGAUGGCCGAGGAGAAAACACUCCGGGACAAAGAGCUGGAGGGCCUGCAGGUGAAAAUACAGCGGCUGGAGAAGCUGUGUCGGGCACUGCAGUCAGAGCGCAAUGACCUGAACAAGAGGGUGCAGGACCUAAGUGCUGGAGGCCAGGCUCCCCUCACUGACAGCGGCCCUGAGCGAAGGCCAGAGGCUGCCAUUACCUCCAAGGAACAGGGUGGCGAGGGGCCCAGGGUCCAAGCACCUAGCUCCCCAAGGGUCACAGAAGCUCCUUGCUGCCCCGGAGCACCAAGCAUGGAAGCAUCAGGCCAAACUGGGCCCCAGGAACCCGCCUCCAUCACUGCCUAGGGAGCUGGGAAGGGAGCGAGCAGCCCAGCCAGGCCUGGCCCAUGUGAGGCUUCCGCUGCUGAGGCCCAGGGUGCUGUGACCUGGCUGGCAUCUGACUCUUUGCAGUUUGGGAUUUUGUGGGUCGGUUUUGCGUACAUAUGGCAUAUGUGCAAGGCCUCAUACAUUUAUAUCUGUAAGUGUAAAACGGGCUUGCAUCGGAGGUGGGGGUGUGUACAGAUGAAGUCAGUGGCUCUUCUGUGAGCUGAAGAGUCUGAAAGUGGCGUUGUCGUCUGGCUGCCGUCACAGUAAGCUGGCAGGAGAAGUGAUUUGAGCGUUUCCCUGCCCAAAUUGAGGCUCAGCCCCUCCCUCCCUGCUACCUUCAGGGCUCAUGACAGGUGACAUGCCCAGGCCAUGACUGUGUUCUCCUGUUAGUGGGACUUGGGCAGCUCUGGCUCUCCUAGCUCUCCUGGAAGGUCCUUUGCUUCUCUUAACCUGGAAAAGGGGUCACCAGGCAGAGCGUUGACAAGGCGUUCAGAGCCAGCGAUCAGACUGCUUCCCUACCUAGGACAAGGGACCUGGAGCAUGUUCUGUGCGGGAUGAUGUGCUGGUAGGGAGC